AUCAACUUCGAGCUUCUUAGCCUCCUGACUAGAAGGAAGCAAAGCACAGUUGGUUAAUAGUACCAGCAUUGAUAGCAUGGCCAAUGAUGUUAGUGAAGAAAUGAGUGGAACCUCCACAGCCCAUGUCCUGGAUAAAGGGGUGGAAAGAAGUUCUGGUGCUAAUGAUUCAAAAGAAAAGGAGAGCGCCAAUAUAGUACCAUUUCAUAAGCUCUUUUCAUUUGCAGAUUCUUUUGAUGUUAUGCUGAUGAUAUUCGGUAUCAUUGGCUCUGUUGGCAAUGGAGUGAGCAUGCCCUUGAUGGUUGUCCUUUACGGGGAAUUGGCUGAUUCUUUCGGACAGAAUCAAGAUAAUGUUGAUGUAGUCCAGGUGGUUUCCAGGGUAUCGCUGAAAUUUGUCUAUCUUGGAGUGGGAACUGGUGUAGCUUCAUUUCUCCAGGUGGCUUGCUGGAUUAUAACCGGAGAGAGACAGGCUUCCAGGAUAAGGAAAUUAUACCUUCAAAAUAUAUUAAGACAGGAUAUUACCUUCUUUGAUAUGGAAACUAAUACAGGAGAAGUUAUUGGAAGAAUGUCUGGUGAUACCGUUCUCAUACAAGACGCCAUGGGCGAAAAGGUUGGGAAAUUCAUACAAAUGAUGACAUCCUUUGUUGGAGGCUAUUUUGUAGCUUUCUUCAAGGGAUGGCUCCUUACACUAGUCCUGAUGAGUUCUAUUCCACCGAUCGUGAUGGCUGGUGGAAUGGUGUCCCAUGUUAGCUCCAGGAUGUCUACUCGUGGACAAGAUGCUUAUACAAGAGCAGCAAAAAUUGUGGAACAAACAAUUGGAUCAAUAAGAACGGUUGUUUCUUUUACCGGAGAGAGACAAGCUGUGGUAAACUACAACAAAUCUCUUACAAAAGCUUAUAAAUCAGGUGUUCACGAAGGCUUUGCUUCUGGACUAGGACUAGGCACAGUUAUGUCUGUUGCAUUCUGCAGUUUUGCAAUGGCUGUCUGGUUUGGUGCAAAGCUGGUUAUUGAAAAAGGCUAUUCAGGGGGUACUGUGAUUACUGUCAUUAUUGCUGUUCUUAAUGGAGCUAUGUCACUUGGGCAGGCUUUUCCUUGCAUAAAUGCAUUUGCAGCAGGUAGAGCUGCGGCUUUCAAGAUGUUUGAAACUAUAAAUAGGAGACCAGAUAUAGAUCCGUAUGAUACUCGAGGGAAAACAUUAGAUGACAUUCAAGGAGAUAUAGAGUUGAGAGAUGUCCACUUUAGUUAUCCAGCAAGGCCAGAUGAGCAUAUAUUUAGUGGAUUCUCCCUUGCCAUCCCCAGAGGGACUACUGCAGCUUUAGUUGGACAAAGUGGAAGUGGAAAGUCUACCGUGAUAAGUCUGAUAGAGAGAUUUUACGAUCCACAAGGCGGUGAGGUUCUUAUAGACGGAACAAAUCUUAAAGAUUUUCAGCUAAAAUGGAUUAGAGAAAAAAUUGGCCUUGUUAGUCAAGAACCUGUUUUGUUUACAUCUAGCAUUAAGGACAACAUUGCUUAUGGCAAGGAUGGUGCAACUGAUGAGGAGAUCAGAGCAGCAUGUGAGCUAGCAAAUGCUGCUAAAUUCAUUGAUAAAUUACCUCAGGGACUGGACACCAUGGUAGGUGAGCAUGGAACUCAGCUUUCUGGUGGACAAAAGCAGAGAGUGGCCAUAGCCAGAGCGAUCCUUAAGGACCCGCGAAUCCUACUUCUUGAUGAAGCAACUAGUGCACUUGAUGCAGAAUCUGAGAGAAUUGUGCAAGAGGCACUGGACAGGAUAAUGGUUAACAGAACCACUGUCAUCGUGGCACAUCGCUUGAGCACAGUGAAAAAUGCUGAUAUGAUUGCAGUGAUCCAUCUAGGGAAGAUGGUUGAAAAAGGCAGCCAUGCUGAAUUACUUGAAAAUACUGAAGGGCCAUACUCUCAGCUUAUAAAAUUGCAAGAAGUGAGCAAUAAAGGUGUUCGUGACCGUGAAAAGACAGACAUUGGUACAGGAAGUGGUAGAGCUUCAAGUCAAAGGAUGUACAGUUCCAUCAGUAGGGUAUCUUCUGGUGUAGGGAGUGGUAGUAGCCGUCGUUCAUUCACUCUAUCAUUUCGUUUACCCGGAGGUCUUACUGAAAUCACAAUAGGAGAACCAGAACCUAAACCUGAACCUGAACCUAAAGACCCGAACCAGAAAACAAGUCCAGAAGUUCCCCUCAGAAGGCUGGCAUAUCUCAACAAACCUGAGAUUCCUGUCCUGUGUCUAGGAUCACUAGCUGCUAUCAUUAACGGUGUUACAUAUCCUAUAUUCAGUGUGCUAAUUUCAGCCACUGUUAGAAUCUUAUACGAGCCACCUCAUGAAUUGAGCAAGGACUCGAAAUUCUGGGCCCUGAUGUUUGUAGCCCUUGGAGUGGCAUCAUUUAUCACAUAUCCAGCACAAGCAUACUUUUUUGCUGUGGCUGGAUGUAAAUUAAUAAAAAGGAUCAGAUCUUUGUGCUUCGAGAAGGUGGCAAGCAUGGAAGUAGGAUGGUUCGACAAGCCUGAGCACUCAAGCGGAGCAAUUGGUUCAAGGCUUUCUACAGAUGCAACUUUCGUACGUGCUUUAGUUGGCGACAGACUUGGACAAUGGGUUCAGGAUGGAGCUUCAGCUGUUUCUGGUUUAAUUGUUGCUUUUGUCGCGUGUUGGCAGCUGGCAUUCAUCAUCCUAGCUUUGCUACCCUUGGUAGCACUUAAUGGUUAUGUUCAGACAAUGUUCUUUUCAGGGUUCAGUUCAGAUGCAAAGGCAAUGUACGAGGACGCGAGCCAACUUGCAACUGAUGCAGUUGGGAGUAUCAGAACAGUUGCUUCUUUCUGUGCUGAAGAGAAAGUAAUCGAAUUGUACACGAAGAAAUGUGAAGGUCCAAAGAAGAGUGGGAUCAGGCAAGGAGUGAUUAGUGGAUCAGGGUUCGGCAUAUCUUCAGGCGCUCUAUUUUUCGUUUGGGCAGUUAGCUUUUAUGCCGGAGCACAUUUUGUUGCACAAGGGAUAACAACAUUUGAAAAAGUUUAUCGCGUAUUCUUCGCGCUGACGUUUUGUGCUAUCAGUAUUUCUCAAUCAAGUUCCGUGGCAUCGGACUCAUACAAAGCUAGAACAGCUGCUGCAUCUAUUUUUGCAAUCAUAGAGAGAAAGUCGGAAAUAGACCCGAAUGAAGAAUCUGGUGUUACAUUACCAAAUGUAAAUGGAGACAUUCAGUUACACCAUGUCAGCUUCACGUAUCCAACUCGGCCUGAUGUUCAGAUUCUGCGAGACCUUAGCUUGACAAUUCGAAGUGGCAAGACGGUUGCUUUAGUUGGAGAAAGCGGAAGUGGAAAAUCAACUGUAAUUGCGCUUCUGGAAAGAUUUUAUGAUCAUAAUGGAGGUAACAUCACACUUGAUGGGGUCGAGAUACGAACCUUACAAGUAAAGUGGUUAAGGCAGCAGAUGGGGCUUGUCAGCCAAGAACCAGCCUUGUUCAACGAUACGAUUAGAAGCAACAUUGCUUACGGUAAGGGUGGAGAUGCCACUGAAGCUGAAAUUAUAGCUGCAGCAGAGAAAGCCAAUGCUCAUCAGUUCAUAAGUGGAUUGCAACAGGGAUAUGAUACCGUAGUAGGGGAGAGAGGAAUACAGCUAUCCGGGGGGCAGAAGCAGCGUAUUGCCAUUGCUCGUGCCAUAGUCAAGAGCCCGAAGAUACUACUUCUAGACGAAGCUACGAGUGCUUUAGACGCUGAAUCAGAGAGAGUUGUACAAGAUGCACUGGACCAGGUGAUGGUGAACCGGACAACAGUAGUAGUAGCUCAUCGCUUAUCGACGAUCAAGGGGGCAGAUGUGAUUGCUGUGGUUAAAAAUGGAGUUGUGGUGGAGAGAGGUAGACACGAGAAAUUGAUCAGCAUCACAGAUGGUUUUUAUGCAUCUUUGGUUGCACUCCACACUAGCAACACCAGGGAGGAGAUAAACUGAGAAACUGGUUGUUUGUAAAUUGCUUCUUGUUUGAAGCAGUUGUAAUAUCUAUUUUCUUUCUUCUGUGUGUUUCUAGUGUUAGUUGUAAUAACUAUAAAUAUAUCAUAUCCAACCGUUUAAUAUCA